GUGUCGAGCUUCGUGCUCCUCCUUUAUGAUGUGGUCUUAACAUUUCCGGUGUAAUACGAGUUCAUCUGGAAAACCAAGCUUAACACCGGCCCCGCGAUGUACAUUAUCAUGAGAUAUGGAAACAUCGUGGAACAGGGGAUUACCUUGGCAUUUUAUCUUUGGCGUGGUCCUCCAAUAUCGUUUUGCAAGAUUUGGUUCUACAUCGACGAAUGGGUGGCGUAUGGGUUGUUCAUUCCCACUACAGUCUUCUUAGGGCUACGCACAUACGCGUUGUAUCGUGGACAGGCAGCCCCACUCUUCUACAAAUGGUUGAUUACAUCUUUAGUUGUUGGUUGCAAUAUUGUUAUGUUUACUUCGCUCGGCCUAGCAACAAGAGACAUACGAUUCGUGAACGCGUUCCCGAUCCCGGAUUUACCGUGCUCUUUCAGUUUCGAAUCAGCUCCUUACACCGCAGGCCUGAUUCAAUUCGCGGGGUCUAUGAUUCUCGACGUUUCUCUCUUCCUCCUUACAAGUUAUCGCGCAAUCACCUAUUUUAAGGAGGGAAACCGAAGAAUUACCAGCGUAAUAUUGCGAGAUGGGCUGAUUUACACGGCAGUACUUUCUUGUACAAAUAUCAUGACCCUCGUUUUAUACACGUCCGUGACUCCGACGCUACGCUCAUUGCUUGUGGCUCCUUCAAAGUCACUAUCGGUCAUUAUCACGUCCCGCAUCGUUCUCAACUUGCGGAAAAUUAUUUUGAAACCAAACGUCACAUUAGGGAAUCUCAGCAGGCAGACGGAUCUCAAUAUCAAUCUUGAUGGACGAAGCCUGGAACCAAUGGCCUUCGGCGAACGUAUCUCUCAACCUAUGGAGGAGUACUAAACGUGGCUUUAUGGAAUCAUUUGUUUCACUCACAUCGUCUAGUAUGUAUUCUGCCAAUAGUAGAAUCUGUCAAGUAUGUGUACAAUUUUUUAAAUUAUCUGUCCUGUCCCUAUGAUAUCUAUACAACCUAG